AUGGCCGAUAGCCGCGAACGGAUACGUGGUCCACCACGAGAUGGGCGCGAAGGAUUCACCAGCCCGCGACAAGUACUGCGGCGGUUAAUGUUGCUCUCUGAGGGCCGCCAGUAUCGUGAAGCUGCCACCGUGGUUGGACGUCUGGGACCAUCGGUGUUGCGCUCGGUUGUGGCAGAAUUACCGAUGGACAUCCUGAUCGAAGCGCUACCUCACAGCACCUAUCUGCUGGAGUCAUUUUUCAAUAGACUGAACACAAUUGUGCCGAACCCGAAGCCGGACGUUCCCAGCGAAGCGAUUAUGUGGCAUCUCGUUAAGCUAUUUAGCAACCCGCAUGAAUCCGGCCUGCGGCAGCGAUGUACCAAAUUGGCACAAGCCAUUGGAACUUGGCAACCAUCGCUUCGUGAAGCACUGAUAGCACGCCGUAAACAACUGGAUCAGGCGAUCGAAGGUCUAGGAGUCCACGGGCUUACGGCAGAUCACACAGGGUCACUAAUUUCCCUUCAUGUGGCCUUGAAGAAUGAACUCCAACGACACAUUGAUACUUACAAAACUGCUAUUCAUAAACUGGAAGAGCUGAGUCCCGUAACAGUGAGUCCAGAUCCAGCACAAUCUUCCCAUCAACGGUUGCUGGCCAUCUGCCAUGGUGACAUCCAACAGCGAUUGAUCGACAAUAAGACGCUGCUUACCAUGCUAGACAAGCCAGCACUCAAGCAGCUGGCCCAAUUGGUUGAAAACCUAUCUCAACGAGUACAAAACGACAAGGAGGUACUAUUCUGCGUGGGUCAAAUCCGGAGAAUCGAUACAACGGCGAAUACGGAGGAGAGACCGGCAGCUGGCCUGCUGAUGAACUACUCCCGAGGCUGUGAGGCCGUGCUGGGGUUAAUGGGGCCACUGUGUGCCCCCAGCAGUCCAAUGAGCAACGGAUGCGGCAGCGGAAGUGGAAGUGACGGUUACCAUUCCGAUUCCGAUAGCGACGAAACUAACUCCGAGCUUGUGAGGCUGUACAGUCUUAUGUACAGUAAGCAUCGCGUCGAAACAUUGGAUUCACUCAACAGUUUAAUGCAACUGAAACAUGCUCAUCAACUGAAAGCUAAAAUACUGUUUUCGAUCAUUGUGCUGGCUUUUCGCGCCUGCCAUGGCCUUAAGGAACGCAAGGUGCUAGAGGUUCGCCGGACAUUGCACGUGUUGGAUGCGAACGAUGAUGCGACGGCUGCACUGGACCGAGCAGUACGGCAAAACCUCAAAGAAACCGCGGACCGGUUCCCUAUGGGCGACGUCGAGCGGCAGGUUGCCAAUCAGGUACUAUCGACACUCCAUGAGUACCCCUGUCUGGAGACAUGCGUGCCGCUGAUUCACUACAUCAGCGACUGCGUGCGGUUAGCCUGGAAAAUGACCAAUCAAAUCAUUCCGUACUAUCUGGAUACGGACUUCACACUGGGUCUGCUUCAACCAGAAAAGCACGAACGUUAUCCAAUCUCGGAAAAGCGGUCCGAUAUUAUUCGUGCCUUCCUCUGGCCGGCGCUAAUGCAAAACGGACGAUGCGUCUACAAAGCCGUCGUAGCAACAUAA